AUGAUCAACGGAGGUCGAGUACCAUGCCGGGUUCGAGAGAUCGUCAGUCGGCAAUACAAAGCCGUAUUUACGCCCACUCAGAGCGUCACUCAUACUAUCGAAAUGCGGUUUAACGGCGAAGAGGUGGCCGGCAGUCCAUGGCACAUUCCAGUAGAAGAUCGACCAGAAAGGAGGCACGAGUCUAAUCGGACUACAUCGUACUACUCUGAACUAUCCGGUGCCGGUCUAGUGAGAGCUCCAGUCAAUAAGAUUGCCACAUUCGAGAUCAAUGGCGAAGGCCUGGAACUCAGCGAUAUCCAGGCGAAAAUUUAUGGU